GGAGGCUAGACGUGGUUUGGUUUGGAGUUUGUCUUGUUCAGCGUGAGUUCGUGAGAGCGGAGAUUUGAUUCGACUUCGCUGCGAAGAAGACAUUUCAGCUAUCUAUAGGUUUAGGCACAGAACACACCCCACUCGUGCCGGCUAUCAAAAUAAGACCAAAUCUUAAAAGCGGAAACAAAAGCAGAGCUACUAUAAUCAAAUUCAGAUAUAUAUAACAAAAGGCUGUAAAGGCAAAGAGAACACAUAGGAAAAAAGAGGCAAAGAUGUUUACUUGCAUAGCUUGUACGAAAGCAGACGGUGGUGAAGAACUCGGAGCGCGUGGAGGCACCACUCCCAAUACUAAAGAAUCCGUCAAAAGCCUAACCACACAGAUUAAAGAUAUGGCUAUGAAAUUCUCUGGUGCUUAUAAACAAUGCAAGCCAUGCACUGGUUCCCCUUGUAGCCCCAUGAAGAAAGGACAUAGACCGUUCUCGGAUUUUGACAAUGCUUCUGAAGGUGUUCCCUACCCUUACAUGGGUGGAAGUGCCGGUUCAACACCUGCUUGGGACUUCAUAAACUCCUCUCACCAUCCAGCAGGGGCAAAGUUCACUUCAAUCUAUGGAAACGACCGGGAAUCUGUCUCUGCUCAGUCUUGUGAUGUGGUACUAGAUGAUGAAGGGCCUAAAGAGUGGAUGGCUCAAGUAGAACCAGGCGUGCAUAUCACAUUUGCUUCUCUCCCCAGUGGAGGAAAUGAUCUUAAACGGAUCCGCUUUAGCCGGGAGACAUUCGACAAGUGGCAGGCUCAACGGUGGUGGGGUGAAAACUAUGAAAAAAUCGUUGAGCUUUACAACGUACAGAGAUUUAAUCGCCAAGCUCUUCAAACGCCGGCAAAAUCCGAUGACCAGUCAGAGAAAGAUUCAACUUACUCCAAGAUAGAAUCAGCGAGAGAGAGCAAAGACUGGACUCCAAGACACAACUUCAGACCUCCAGGAGUUAAUGUCCCUCAUCACUUCUAUGGUCGCUCUAGCAACUAUGAUCAUCAUGGAGGACCUACAAUGGAUGCAGCACAAACAACCACCUCUUCAAGAGAUGAACCACCGUCAGUGAGCAACGCUAGUGAAAUGCAGGCCGAGUGGAUCGAAGAGGAUGAGACUGGCGUUUACAUUACCAUCAGACAACUAGCAGACGGGACUAGAGAGCUACGUCGGGUCAGAUUCAGCCGGGAACGGUUUGGGGAAGUGCAUGCAAAGACGUGGUGGGAGCAGAACAGGGAGAGAAUACAAACUCAAUACCUCUAGCAAUAUAGAAAUACGAGUCUCUUCAAAAUCUUUAGUUAAUUAACCUGUUCAACACAUCAACUCAUAUAUAUACACAUUUUGCUAAUGUUAACGGUUGAUGAUGGUUAAUAUGUAAUCAGCUUAAUCAUCGACGAUGAAUCAAAGCACUUGAUUUAUGUAUAGAUCUUAAGCUACAGAAAAUUUCUUUUUUGAACAUUAGUUAAGUGCUCUUAAAAA